AUGCUGCUGUCUGCAGUGUGCGUAAUGCUGAACUUGGCUGGUUCCAUUCUCUCUUGUCAGAACGCUCAGCUGGUAAAGUCCCUGGAAGGAUGUCAGUUGAUUAAAUUCGACAGUGAUGGUGUCUGUGUUUGCUGUGAAAUGCAGCAUCAAACCUCAGGCUGCAGUAAUCUGGGAGAAACGCUGAAACUGAACCCUCUGCAGGAGUGCAAUGUUGUGAGGCUGACCCUAAAGGACCUGUUGUUCAGUGUGUGCGCUCUCAAUAUCAUCUCCACCAUUGUCUGUGCUUUGGCAACAGCAAUGUGUUGCAUGCAGAUGGUUUCUUCCGAUCUCCUGCAAAUGCAGGAUGAUAUCACACAGUUUCUGCCACAGAGGCCACAUUCUACCAAUCCUGACUGCAUGACUCCACGUGGAACUAUCCUGCAUCAAACCUUGGAUUUUGAUGAGUUCAUACCACCAAUACCGCCUCCACCCUACUACCCACCAGAAUACACCUGCACACCAGUGAUAGAGGCACAGAGAGGUCUCCAUUUGGACUUCCCUCAUUCCCCAUUCAGUGCUUUAUAUGAAGUAACCAUUAACAGCCCGGGAUUGCUGUAUCCAGCUGAGCUGCCCCCUCCUUAUGAGGCAGUGAUUGGAGAGACGCCUGCCAGUCAGGUCAAUGGUACUGAUCAGCAAGUAUCUGAAUCGAGCGUGGGUGAGAGAAACAUGACCCUGGACUUCAGCACACAAGUUUCUGUUGAGAGCACCUCUUUGAUCGUCUCUGAGGCUGUUGAUAUCCCAGACCGUAGCUGCUCCUCUGAAGAUCUUUGUUCGCUGGAAGUUCAAGGAUCUCUCUAUUCUGCAGAUCUUUCUCCCUACUGUACAACCCCCAAAGGCGCUACGGACCAGAGCUGCAGCACUCUGGAUUACAGCACCCGCUGCAGGUUCCACAGAACUCGCUCAGAACGUUUUCCUGAUGAGGAUGGCAGUUCCCACAGCCGAGCCUCUACAGACAGGUCUCAAGGACAAGAAGAGAACUGUGGCAGGUCCUUGGAUGCUUCCUCAGAGAAUUUCAGCCCCUCAGAAAGAGAACUGCAGAGUUCUACUCAAGACAGCAAUGCCACCCCGCCUCUGAAGCAAAAGAAAAUCUGCUGUGCGGUCUUUAGCCAGCCUUCUGUCCCUUCCCAGACCUCUCCCAGUUUUGGGCCUGCAAAUACUUCUUCGUAUGUAAGCAGCCACGAGGGUGCUGUCCAGCAGCAUGACAUUACAAAACACCGAAAUUCAAGUAUUGUCCGAUCAACUAGUGACCCUGUAUCAUGUUCGUCUUAUACAGAAGGUGAUAAUUGUGCCUGGACUCCUAUAUGUAGCCAGCAUCAAGAUGCAGGAUUCUCUCCAGCUACGUUAGAAACAGUUCCUGUUUCUGGUUCUCAUAUGGCUGCCUCUGCAUGUCAGCAUUCUUUGAGCAGUUUCCUACCAACUGGAGAACAGAGGGAUACAAGGACAAUUGAUCUACACCUAAAGCCAAAGGCUUUGCACAUAGUCUCAAAAGAGCGACCACACUCUUUAGUGGACCUUAAGGCCUAUAAGGACACAAAAAUUUUAGUGGCAAAAUUUUUGGAACAUUCAGACUGUAAUCUCCCUCCAGAAGUACGUCACGUAGUGAACAGCAUACGAUCAGUAAUAAAAUCUGAUGAGAGACACAUGGAAGAAGCCAUCUUCAGUGCCAAUAUUAUAGACCAGGUAAUUACAAGUUCCCAGCAGAAUGUGAAUACCUCUAGAAAACAACUUCAAGAAGAUCUUCAUCUUCAGAGCUGUGGUGCUCUGAGCUCUCCAGUUGCCUUCUUACGUAGGUCCCGUAUCACUCGCAGUUUAGAGCGGGACAGGCCUCACAGUUUAAUUGGAGUUUGCCGGGAGACCAUCCUUUGAUAAUAUUCGCAGGUAUGUGAUUCCAGCAAAGAGAAUUAAGGAAGA